AUGGGUAGCGGUGGCAGCAGAGAGAUUCACCACCACCACGAGGACAAGGAAUCCAAGGAAAUGACCCGAAAAGCCAAUGAGGAGAUGGCUGCAAUCCGCAGCCAAAUGGCAGAGCAGGAGAGGAGGAAUCAGCAGAAUCUGGAACGACAUCAAGAAGCUUUGCGCAGAGCUGAACAACUCCAUGCUGAAGAAAGAGACGCUUUUAUGCAGCGUUUGCAGGCAGAACAGGAGGAAAGGAGAAGGGAGAGCGAGAGAGCUCGUGAACAACUCGAACAACAAGAGCGUGAGGCUGAGCAACGCUUGGUUGAGGAACUUCAGAGAGAGCGCUACAAUGUACAAAAGGCCAAGGUUGAGAAGUGGCAAAGGUUGAAGCGAGACUAUCCAAUCCCCUCCUUCCUUCGGAAGUACGUCAACGAAGUGAGUGAGGAUGCAGAGGCUGAUGCUGCUCGAGACCGCUUCGUGAACGUGGCCAUGCUUGGAGAUUCGGGAACCGGAAAGAGUUCAUUGAUCAAAGACAUCCUGAAACACUUUGGAGUCGACUUGCCUCAGGACCAGAUGCCUAAAGUCUCCAUGGAAGGUGAUGGCACGCUUCUGCCCACACGAUUUCCCUUAGAGAAACUGGGCCAAGUCUCUCUGUGGGAUCUCCCCGGCCAAGGAACUUCGAAGAUUCCUUCCAUGACAUAUCUCUGCAACAUGGGCCUGAAAUACUUCGAUGCCGUCUACAUCGUCACGGAUGGUCGUUGGUCUGAAGGGGAUGACAACCUUCUGGCUGCCAUCCACUAUGCAGGCAUUCGAUGCUUCGUUGUCCGAAGCAAAGUGGAUCUUGCCGGUGAUGCUGGAGUGGAGGAUAAGGGAUGGGGCCUAGCUGAGACGCUGUCGCAUGUGCAUCAGCAGUUGCAACGGCAGACUCGGCUGAAACCACAUCGCAUCCAUCUCUUGACAUCCAGGGAUCGCUUUUGGAAGGACUUCGGCUCUGUGGACAACUUCUGCAAACAUCUCCAAGAGGAAGUGGAAGCGUCUCUGAAGGAAGAGGUUGCAGAGCAAAUGUUUGAAGAGGCGCCGCAGGAAGAUGUGAACAUGGAUGCAGUGGAUGCAAUGGAUGACUGCAUCAUGACAUGUGAUGAUCAGGUCGAUAAGGUCGAGUACCUUCGCCUUGACAUUGACAAUCAGUGCUUCAAAUCAGAUCGAAGAGGAUCAAAUUCCACACGGCCAGACAACCUUGCGAACCACCUUUCUGAUGUCGGAUUGAAGCUGAAGAGCGUUCACACUUUCAACCAGAUCAAGUCAGUCUUUGAAGGGUUGAAGGGAGUUGUUGACAGCCUUGUCAGCCUUGUUUUGCAGGUGGCUCUUUGGGAGCACAGCAGUUGGGAGCUUUGCACGCUUUUCAGUAGUGAGCAUGUUAAGGAUUUGUUGUCGGUGUCAAGAUCCACGCCAGCGAAGGUCCCAUUCAAUGAGCAUUCUCGAACUGCUUUGAAGAAGGUCCGUCAUUCAACCACGCGCCAGCCUGGGCAUUUGAGGCUGACUUGUGUGAUGUGGCAAGGCGUCAUAUUGGAAGCAGAGGUUGGUGGCGGACUGAAGAUUGUUCCUGUUUUUUUUUGGUGCCCAGCAGCUGACAGCCCAAAGCCCGCCAGAACUCGACCAAUUUGCGCCGCUGCAAACAUGGGUAGCGGUGGCAGCAGAGAGAUUCACCACUACCACGAGGACAAGGAAUCCAAGGAAAUGACCCGAAAAGCCAAUGAGGAGAUGGCUGCAAUCCGCAGCCAAAUGGCAGAGCAGGAGAGGAGGAAUCAGCAGAAUCUGGAACGACAUCAAGAAGCUUUGCGCAGAGCUGAACAACUCCGUGCUGAAGAAAGAGACGCUUUUAUGCAGCGUUUGCAGGCAGAACAAGAGGAAAGGAGAAGGGAGAGCGAGAGAGCUCGCGAACGGGUGGCUCUUUGGGAGCACAGCAGUUGGGAGCUUUGCACGCUUUUCAGUGACCAUGUUGAGGAUUUGCUGUCGGUGUCAAGAUCCACGCCAGCGAAGGUCCUAUUCAAUGAGCAUUCUCGAACGACUUUUGAAGAAGGUUGGUGGCGGACUGAAGAUUGUUCCUGUUUUUUUUGGUGCCCAGCAGCUGACAGCCCAAAGCCCGCCAGAACUCGACCAAUUUGCGCCGCUGCAAACAUGGGUAGCGGUGGCAGCAGAGAGAUUCACCACUACCACGAGGACAAGGAAUCCAAGGAAAUGACCCGAAAAGCCAAUGAGGAGAUGGCUGCAAUCCGCAACCAAAUGGCAGAGCAGGAGAGGAGGAAUCAGCAGAAUCUGGAACGACAUCAAGAAGCUUUGCGCAGAGCUGAACAACUCCAUGCUGAAGAAAGAGACGCUUAUGUGCAGCGUUUGCAGGCAGAACAAGAGGAAAGGAGAAGGGAGAACGAGAGAGCUCGUGAACAACUCGAACAACAAGAGCGUGAGGCUGAACAACGCUUGGCUGAGGAACUUCAGAGAGAACGUGACAACGUACAAAAGGCCAAGGUUGAGAAGUGGCAAAGGUUGAAGCGAGACUAUCCAAUCCCCUCCUUCCUUCAGAACUACGUCAACGAAGUGAGUGAGGAUGCAGAGGCUGAUGCUGCUCGAGACCGCUUCGUGAACGUGGCCAUGCUUGGAGAUUCGGGAACCGGAAAGAGUUCAUUGAUCAAAGUCAUCCUGAAACACUUUGGAGUCGACUUGCCUCCGGACCAGAUGCCUAAAGUCUCCAUGGAAGGAACUUCGAAGAUUCCUUCCAUGACAUAUCUCUGCAACAUGGGCCUGAAAUACUUCGAUGCUGUCUGCAUCGUCACGGAUGGUCGUUGGUCUGAAGGGGAUGACAACCUUCUGGCAGCCAUCCACUAUGCAGGCAUUCGAUGCUUCGUUGUCCGAAGCAAAGUGGAUCUUGCCGGUGAUGCUGGAGUGGAGGAUAAGGGAUGGGGCCUAGCUGAGACGCUGUCGCAUGUGCAUCAGCAGUUGCAACGGCAGACUCGGCUGAAACCACAUCGCAUCCAUCUCUUGACAUCCAGGGAUCGCUUUUGGAAGGACUUCGGCUCUGUGGACAACUUCUGCAAACAUCUCCAAGAGGAAGUGGAAGCGUCUCUGAAGGAAGAGGUGGCGGAGCAAAUGUUUGAAGAGGCGCCGCAGGAAGAUGUGAACAUGGAUGCAAUGGAUGCAAUGGAUGCAAUGGAUGCAAUGGAUGCAACGGAUGCAAUGGAUGACUGCAUCAUGACAUGUGAUGAUAAGGUCGAUAAGGUCGAGUGCCUUCGCCUUGACAUUGACAAUCAGUGCUUCAAAUCAGUCGGCUUUGUGAAGCGGGUUGUGAUGCGCAGAAGCCACGACUGUGUCGUGGCCUUGUCACUUUUUGGUGGUCGUUGUGCUUUUAAAAAUUCGGAAAGUGAGCCUGAUAUGGAUGAUAUGGGACUGCGUUGCUUUCAGACAGUGAAGGGGCCGCUAGUCAGCCUCAACCUUGAGAAGUUGCCGCACGUUGCCCACCAUGCUUCUGACGUCAGCAAGUUGCAUGUCAGUUUUAUCGGCUCUACAGCAAAGCGCUACGUGCUACGCCAGCUGAAACAGCAUGACAAAUCCAAAAACUGCUGCUUGCUCAUUUUCUUCCACACCGUUUGCUCCUAUUUGGCACAGUUUAUGACUUGGAUUCGCGGCAGCAAGGUGGCCAGUAGCGCGGAGCAAGGUGACCACACGUCACCUCCGCAUGGUGAUGGCGCCGAGAUGGAAACGAUCAUGGGCGGCGAGCUCGUGAGCGAGUUGGGGCCGGAUCAGCUCAGGACCUUUGUGACUUGUCCAGAUCUCACAAUGACUGAGAUGCAAUAUGUGCAUUUUGCCCUUGAUUGGUUUUAUCUUUUCGAGUUUGAGAGCGAACAUGCUGCCAUGGUGCAUCGCAAGGCCGCAGCGGCCGCAGUUACAAAACUGCACGUUCGCACUGAAAAACCGAACUUGGCAUCCCCUGUCACACAGGCAGCUGAGCAAGACCUUCAGGAUGCUUGUGCGUGGUGUUGGAGCCCUAUGGUAACAGCAGAUGACGUUUUCGUUGGAGAGGGCUCGCCGAGAUGA